UACAAAGACCCAGACUAUAACACAGACCUUGAUAUAUACAAAUUUGUCCUCGGACAGUCGUACGACCACAUCUGGAUUGCCGCCUUAGCACUCAACUGCACCGAGACUGAACUAAAGCGUAGAGGUUACGAAAAAAGACUUGGCGACUUUACAUACGCUGACGGCGACAUUAACGAAAUCAUAUUUAAUUGUAUGGGUGACUCGUCACUCGUUGGAAUAUCCGGCCGCCUCUCAUUCUCAAAAGGAGGCGCUGACCCCGACAAGAGUAUUUUGUUACAACGCAUACAAGGAGGCGAGAGAUUGAAUGUCGGUUAUGUGACACAGAAUACCAAUACUAAACGAACUAACUGGAUUGAAGGAGUGUUGAAAUGGAAAGACAACAUAAUACCACGUGACUCUACCUCCGUGACAUACCGAGAGGUCACCAUCCCUCCGUCAAUGUACAUAACCUUGUGUACCUUGGCAGCUUGUGGAAUCAUCCUGGCUCUCACCUUGUUUGGGUUCAACAUUGUGUUCAGGAAAAACAGAUCGGUAAAGAUGUCCUCUCCGAACAUCAACAAUGUGUUACUGUUUGGCUGUGUGCUGUGUUAUAUCACCGUGUUCAUGAAACCGACUGAAACGAAGCAUGGCGCAAUUUGCAAGGCUCGUGUCUGCCUCUUCUGUAUCGGGUUCACAGUGACAUUUGGUGCGCUAUUCUCUAAAACAUGGCGAGUAUACAGAAUCUUCACCAACAAAAAACUUCUCAAAAGGACAAUUAAAGACUACCAGCUUCUUGCAAUAAUAGGUAUUCUUAUUGCUGUGGUUACCGGCGUUCUUAUUGCGUGGGAGGCGGUCGGACCUCACUCCGUAGUUGUGCAAUACCUGGGAAAAGAGGUGCAUAUGGAAGGAAACGACGCCGAGGUUCGACCAUUUGUGCGCAUGUGCAGGUCUGACUAUUCGGUGUACUUCGCCUGGGCUAUCUACAUUAUAGAGGGCGCCCUUCUGUCGUUUGGAGCAUUCCUUGCCUGGGAAACACGACACGUGAAGAUCGAGGCCCUGAAUGACUCCCACCAGAUUGGCCUCUGUCUAUACAACGUUGUCGUCCUGAGCGCGGUUGGCCUCACCUUGUCUCUUCUCCUGGAGGAUGAGGUUGUCAUGCUGUAUGGGAUCACGUCCGGAUGUCUCAUCAUUGGAACUACUGUCACACAGCUCGUGGUGUUUCUACCAAAGAUACACGCGGUUUAUUCCAAGGUGGAAAUUGCAGUACAAAAUACCGGCGUAUCGACAUCGAAGAACAGAUCUAAGGCCACAAACGCUACAAGCAUCAAGCGAGACCUCAGUGCAGAGGUUCUAAAUGCCGUCGGUGAAUCUAUGGACCUCCCGGAAGUGCCGAAUAUCUACGUUAGCCUCACUACGGAGGAUGGGUCUGCUAUCCGUGAACCCAUGGACGUUCUGGAAGUGCCAGGAAUUCGAAUGGACCUUGCUGCGGAAGUCCCGAGUGCAUUUAGUGAUCCCAGGGAUGUUCCGGAGGUGUCCUGUCCGCAGGAAGACCUAAUAUGGAGGUUUCGAGUUAAAUAA